AUGAAUUUAGAGAUUCUAUCAUUGGUUUCUCAAGACACGUGGAAAAUUAUCUCUCAUUCAAUCGAUGUUAAUAUUGUGGCAUGCAAGUGGGUCUUCACACUAAAGUACAAACCAAAUGGCUCCAUCUUUCACCACAAAACUCAUUUGGUUGCCCAUAGCUUCACUCAAACCUAUGGCAUUAAUUACAUGAAGACAUUUUCCCAUGUAGUUUGGAUGAACUCUAUUUGAGUUCUUUUUUCCUUGGCAGUGCAUCAUGACUGAUCACUUCACCAAUUAGACGUGUUUGAUGUCUUCUUCUAUAGUGACUUGGAUGAGCAGAUGUCAUGGCCACCUACUUGUUGAAGCCCACUCAUAUGUUAGGUAUGCUAGUGACAAAGGAGAUCAAAAGUCGACGACUAACUACUACACGUAUGUUGGUGGCAAUUUAGUCAUUUAACGCUCUUGAAAGUAAAAGAUAAUAUCUUGUUCUAGUAUAGAAGCCGAAUAUCGUGCUAUGAUUGAGACAACAUUUGAGAUAAUAUGACUUCACUUUCUUCUAGAGAGCUUAGGUGUCACUCCUCAGACACCUAUACUUAUGUACUGUGACAAUCAAGUAGCAAUCUUUAUUGAUAAGAAUCUCACAUUCCACGAAUAAACCAAGUAUAUUGAGAUUGAUUGUCACUACAUAUAGGACAAGGUUCUAACAGAGGUUAUCUCCACACCACAUACCACUUCAUUCAACCAACUAGUAGAUAUCUUCGUCAAGAGCCUUAUAGGAGUGUCUUAUAAUGUUAUAUAUAUUAAUAUGGGCAUAUUUAACUUAUAUGUUCUAACUUGAGGGGGAGUAUUUAGACAUCUUCCUUUAUAUGACCUACAUAGGCUCAUUAUCUCUCUCUCUUCUCUCACUUAUAUAAACAUAUUUAUGUCUUCAUUUAAAGUAAAUCUAAUCUUAAGGUUUAACCUUUCUCGUCAAUAAUAAUAAAAGAGAUAGAAAAAAAAUACUAAUCAAGAGGAUUUUGUAAUUACAACAAGGUGACUUUUAAAUAGGUUGACAAUCAAUUAAGACACGAAAAAUUUAGUCAAUUUAAAAAAUAAAUUCAACUUUAAAAAAAAAGUAAGUUACUAACAAUUUGAUUAUUCAUGCACAAUAUUUGAAAUUUCUGAUUUUUGACCUUUUUUAAGUAUUCUAAUUUUUGUAGUCCAUGUUUUACAUUUUUGAAAUUGUUGGAUUAUUGAUAAGUUUUCAUUAUCAUGAGUUAAUAAUUAGUUAAUAAUAUAGUUUUAGUCUUAACUCAUGAUAAAUAGACUUAUAUUUGUGUUAAAUUGUGAAAAGUGGUUUUCAAUUGAUUAAUGUAGAUUUUUGGCUAACUAUGUGUUUCUUUAUAAAUUUAUAUGAUUUUUAUAGUCUUAUUUUUGAGAUAAAUGAAGAAAAAGAAAUUAAAAUAAAAAUAUAGCCAAACGGGGGGACUCGUUGGCCAGCCGAGCUCACAAGUAGGUCGAAAGUGCAGUCAAGGGGAGCCACGAGUAGAGGCUCGAGUGGCUAGGAUAGAUGGGUGCACAUGUGCACCACUCCCCUUCCACGUCACUGGUGGCCAGCCGACUGUGGGGCAAGAAGCGGUUGUACACACAGGAGAAAGGGACUCAUUACUUCCAAAUGUGGUAUUACUAUAUAUUCGCCCAAAAUGUCAUUGCAUAA